UCACACGGCUGCGGACGGGACCGUGAGCACAGGCCGCUCCGCGGGCGCCUCUGAUCCCCGCGGGACCCCCGCCCAGCCCGCCCGGCCUGUCCAGCUGCCCGCGCGCCCCAUUGGCAGCUCUCCCCCUGCGCAUCUCCCUGGCUGGCGAGCCCCGUGGGUAGCGUGCAGCCACCAUGUUCAGCUGGUUGAAGCGGAGUGGGGCGCGGGGCCAGCAGCCCGAGGCCAUCUGCACGGUGACUUCGGCCCUCAAGGAGCUGUACCGCACCAAGCUGCUGCCCCUGGAGGAGCACUACCGCUUCGGAGACUUCCACUCGCCGGCCCUGGAGGACGCCGACUUCGACAGCAAGCCCAUGGUGCUGGUGGCCGGCCAGUACAGCACCGGCAAGACCAGCUUCAUCCAGUACCUGCUGGAGCAGGAGGUGCCAGGUUCCCGCGUGGGGCCCGAGCCCACCACCGACUGCUUUGUGGCCGUCAUGCACGGUGAAACCGAGGGCACCGUGCCAGGCAAUGCCCUUAUUGUUGACCCAGAGAAGCCCUUCCGAAAACUGAACCCCUUCGGAAACACCUUCCUCAACAGGUUCAUGUGCGCCCACCUCCCCAAUCAGGUCCUGGAGAGCAUUAGUAUCAUUGACACCCCGGGCAUCCUGUCGGGUGCCAAACAGAGAGUGAGCCGAGGCUAUGACUUCCCUGCGGUGCUGCGCUGGUUCGCCGAGCGCGUGGACCUUAUCAUCCUGUUGUUUGAUGCGCACAAGCUGGAGAUCUCCGACGAGUUCUCCGAGGCCAUCGGCGCCCUGCGUGGCCACGAGGACAAGAUCCGCGUGGUGCUCAACAAGGCCGACAUGGUGGAGACACAGCAGCUGAUGCGCGUCUACGGGGCGCUCAUGUGGGCGCUGGGCAAGGUGGUGGGCACGCCCGAGGUGCUGCGCGUCUACAUCGGCUCCUUCUGGUCCCAGCCCCUCCUCGUGCCCGACAACCGGCGCCUCUUCGAGCUGGAGGAGCAGGACCUGUUCCGCGACAUCCAGGGCCUGCCGCGCCACGCUGCCCUGCGCAAGCUCAACGACCUGGUGAAGAGGGCCCGGCUGGUGCGGGUCCACGCGUACAUCAUCAGCUACCUGAAGAAGGAGAUGCCUUCUGUGUUCGGGAAGGACAACAAGAAGAAGCAGCUGAUCCUGAAGCUGCCCGUCAUCUUCGCGAAGAUUCAGCUGGAGCAUCACAUCUCCCCCGGCGACUUUCCCGACUGCCAGAAGAUGCAGGAGCUGCUAAUGGCUCACGACUUCACCAAGUUCCACUCCUUGAAGCCCAAACUGCUGGAGACCCUCGAUGACAUGCUGACACACGACAUCGCCAAGCUCAUGCCCCUGCUGCGGCAGGAGGAGCUGGAGAGCACCGAGGUGGGCGUGCAAGGUGGCGCUUUUGAGGGCACCCACAUGGGCCCAUUCGUGGAGCGAGGGCCCGACGAGGCCCUGGAGGAUGGCGAGGAGGGCUCGGACGACGAGGCUGAGUGGGUGGUGACCAAGGACAAGUCCAAAUACGACGAGAUCUUCUACAACCUGGCGCCGGCCGAUGGCAAGCUGAGCGGCACCAAGGCCAAGACCUGGAUGGUGGGCACCAAGCUCCCCAACUCGGUGCUGGGGCGCAUCUGGAAGCUGAGCGAUGUCGAUCGGGAUGGCAUGCUGGACGACGAGGAGUUCGCCCUGGCCAGCCACCUCAUCGAGGCCAAGCUUGAGGGCCACGGGCUGCCCACCAACCUGCCCCGUCGCCUUGUGCCACCCUCCAAGCGGCGCCACAAGGGCUCCGCAGAGUGAGCCAUCACUGCCUGCUGGUCCUCCCUCCCACUUGCCCUGCUGUGGCUCCCCAGCUUUGGUCAGCUGCACGCACAUCCUCACCCUGGCCCACAUGCACCCUGCCUGCCCACCUUCCCAGCUGUAAGGAUGGGGGUCUCUCUACCCCACCCCACCAGACAGAGGGGACCAGGGGAGGGGCAAGACUUCUCUGCUCACCCUUCACACCUCUACCCACACAUACAUUUGGGCACAUCACACUGACACUAACGCACACACACAGGCAUCCAUCCAUUCACCGUUCAAGUAUUUAUUGAGCACCUACUACAUUCUGUGUUUGGGGCUUGUUCUAGGCACUGGGGAUUCCAGCAGAGAGCAAAACAGACAUUCGUUAGCUGACACUCUCCGGAGAGAGCAGCUACUUGUCACUCAAACACACACAGACACACACCAGCCCUAACCAGUCGGCUCCUGAAUUCCGGGCAGGGCCCCGCCCCUCCCCAUAAAUGAGCAGCCACUAGGUUGAAAUGACUAAUAGACAGCCCCUUGCCCCACUUCCUCUUGCCAACCCAGGCAAGGACCCCUCCCUCCAUCAUGUCCUCAGACUUUAGGACCACUGGGGACUUA